ACCUAUACCAAACCUAACCUUACCUAACCUUACCUAACCUUACCUAUCGUGCCCCUAACCUAACCUAUAUCAAAUACCAUCCAGCCCUACCCCUGUCAUGGCACACGAGACCUCACAGUAACUUAGACACCUGGAAAUACUUGAUACACCUGAACGCAGCUUGACACUCCAUCAUAGCAUGCGGGCGUGGGUGGUGCUGGCGUGGGCGCUGGUGGCGUGGGCGGCCGCGGAGGCGAAGGCUGACCCCGAGGCCGACCCGCUCCCCAAGGCUGAGGCCGAAGCAGACCCUGAGGCAGACCCCGGACGAGCACGGCGCCAGUUGUACCGGGGCGGGGACGCGCAGGGCUCGGUCCGCACGGUGGGCCAGGCCCUGGCCCGCGUGGUGGACAACACCGCCUACUCCCUCUCCUCGACCCUGCUGGGCCACAACCUGACGCAGGCCGUGGCGCCGAUCGCCAAGUCGGUGCGUAAGUCAGUGAGCGGCUCUGUGCCCGCAGUCUCCUUCGGCGACGGCCGCAUCGUGAUCGACCUGCCCGGGUCCGAAAGCUCCGACCGGACGGACGCGCCGCCGCGGCCCUGCACCACGCCGGGCGGCGGCAGCGGCUUCUGCCAGGACCUGAGCGACUGCCCCGACCUCAUCCUCGACCUGACCAACCUGCGCAAGUCCGUCUGCUUCAAGAGCCUCUUCGUGCCCGGCGUCUGCUGCCCGCUGGAGGGAUCCGGUGAUGUCAACAGCGUAGAUGACGACAGGCUGACCGUGACCCGCCCAACCGCCCGCCCAACGCCCCGCCCGACCCCACGCCCGACCCCACGCCCACCUCCACGCCCGGUCACCACACCCCCUCGACCUAUCGCUGCCACUACCCCCCGGCCGCCCCCCGCUCUCACACACAAGCCGGCCCGCAACUUCGAGUGCGGUGUGCCCCAGGUUCCGGAGUUCCGCGUGGUGGGAGGCGAGGAGUCCGGGCGGGGUCAGUGGCCUUGGAUGGCGGCGGUCUGGCUCCACGGACCCAAGAAGACGGAGUUCUGGUGUGGCGCCACGCUCAUCUCCCGUCGCCACAUCCUCACUGCCGCCCACUGCACCAAAGACUCCAGGGGCAAGACGUUCAACCCACAGCAGUUCACGGUUCGCCUCGGAGACCACAAUAUCUUCAGCAACAGCGAUGACUUUAUCUCCAAGCCGCAGACGUACAGAGUGAGCCACAUCACCCCACACCCAGACUUCAGGGCACACGGCUUCUACAAUGACGUGGCGGUUCUCAAGUUAGCCGAGGACGUGGAGUAUACGGAGUACAUCCUCCCCGUGUGUCUGCCUUCAGAGGAGUACCGUCGGCGACCCCUGGACCACCUCGUAGGCCACACUCCGUCCGUCAUCGGCUGGGGCUCCACACACUACGGCGGGCAGGAGAGCGCCGUGCUGAGGGAGGCCAAGCUGCCGGUGUGGAAGAACAGCGAUUGUAACGACGCAUACUUCCAGCCCAUUACGGAGAUCUUCCUGUGCGCCGGCUACGCGGAGGGCGGCAGCGAUGCAUGUCAGGGUGACAGCGGCGGGCCCCUGCUGCUGCGCGUGAGUGGCCGCUGGGUGCAGAUCGGCCUCGUGUCCUUCGGGAACAGGUGCGCCGAGCCUGGCUACCCCGGCGUCUACACCAGGAUCGCUCACUUCAUGCCGUGGAUCGUUCAGAACAUGUUUUGAGGGACGCUUAACCAAGACGAUUCCUGCGCAGCGUCGGCCGACAGUAACAGCUGACAGGACAUUCACCGGUGCAAAAAUAGUCUUAUUUUAUUAGUUUUUCAGUAACGAGGGAAUGGAAAGGACAUGUUACAGUCAACCUACAUUGCCCAAGGCCUGUGUAGACGGUAGCCUGGCGUGCCCAAGGCCUGUGUAGACGGUAGCCUGGCGUGCCCAAGGCCUGUGUAGACGGUAGCCUGGCGUGCCCAAGGCCUGUGUAGACGGUAGCCUGGCGUGCCCAAGGCCUGUGUAGACGGUAGCCUGGCGUGCCCAAGGCCUGUGUAGACGGUAGCCUGGCGUGCCCAAGGCCUGUGUAGACGGUAGCCUGGCGUGCCCAAGGCCUGUGUAGACGCUAGCCUGGCGUGCCCAAGGC